CUUCCGGUCGCUCAUUUCGUCAAUGGGAGGCGCCGUGCGCGUCCCGGGGGCUUCUGGGUAGCGGUUUACCCCCGCCCACUGCAUCAGCGUCUUCCUUUCGCUGCCGGACGCCGACGAGGUCGCACGCGUGAGGCCUGUCCGCAGCUGCCAACAUGCGCUACGUCGCCUCUUACCUGCUUGCCGCCCUUGGGGGCAACUCCUCUCCCAGCGCCAAAGACAUUAAGAAGAUACUAGAAAGCGUGGGCAUUGAGGCGGACGAUGACCGACUCAACAAGGUAAUCAGUGAGCUGAAUGGAAAAAACAUUGAGGAUGUCAUCGCCCAGGGUGUUGGCAAACUUGCUAGUAUGCCUGCUGGUGGAGCUGUGGCUGUUUCUGCUGCCCCUGGCUCUGCAGCUCCUGCUGCUAGUUCUGCCCCUGCUGCAGAGGAGAAGAAAGACGAGAAGAAGGAAGAGUCCGAAGAGUCAGAUGAUGACAUGGGAUUUGGCUUGUUUGAUUAAAUUCCUGCUCCCCUGCAAAUAAAGCCUUUUUAUGUAUCUUGA